UUCGUGGAUCCGCCCAUGACGUUAGGCUUCAUCAGCACCGCGGAAGUGGCUGGGACACAUCUGCAAGUGUUUCCGGUGAGGCUGCUGCCUGCCGAGUUCGCGGCUCUGAGCUCCAAACUUCUGCAGAAAAUGUUUUAUCACAUUUCCCUAGAGCACGAGAUUCUGCUGCACCCACGCUACUUCGGUCCCAACUUACUUAACACGGUGAAGCAGAAGCUUUUCACCGAGGUGGAGGGGACCUGCACUGGGAAGUAUGGUUUUGUCAUUGCUGUCACCACCAUCGACAAUAUUGGUGCUGGUGUGAUCCAGCCAGGACGAGGUUUUGUUCUUUAUCCAGUUAAGUACAAGGCUAUUGUUUUCCGGCCUUUUAAAGGUGAGGUGGUGGAUGCUGUGGUCACUCAGGUCAACAAGGUUGGACUUUUCACAGAAAUUGGGCCUAUGUCUUGCUUCAUCUCUAGACAUUCCAUCCCAUCGGAGAUGGAGUUCGACCCGAACUCCAACCCACCUUGUUACAAGACAAUGGAUGAGGACAUUGUGAUUCAACAGGAUGAUGAGAUCCGCCUCAAGAUUGUGGGGACACGUGUGGACAAGAAUGACAUUUUUGCUAUUGGCUCUCUGAUGGACGAUUACUUGGGACUCGUGAGCUGAGUAAGGGAGCCUCCAGCCUUGUUUGGUCCUGAUUUGGAGAACGUGACUUUCCUGCUUGAUAUAUCGUCUAGAGCUUCAGUCUGGCCACUGUUACGGAGGCAAGGAUGAUCUCUUGUCCACAGAAGGCUAUGGCUACUUCUUCCAGCGGAGCUGUGUUCUCAAGACUUUUUAUUCUGUGUUUUAGCCAUAAAAGGUCUUUGGUUCUCAUGGAAAUGUUGUCUUGUCUUGGUCGGAAUAAAGAGCUUUAGUAUUGUUGUUA